CUAUUAAUAGCCGAAGAAAAGCAUAGUAAGACUUCAUGCCAGCUAGGCCCCGGUAAAAAAUAGGAAAACCCGGGCGGCGCCUGUGGCUCAACGGAGUAGGGCCCCCGCCCCAUAUGCCGGAGGUGGCGCGGGUCAAAUCCAGCCCCGCCAAAAACUGCAAAAAUAAAAAAAGGACAACCCUGCCUUAGAGGUCCGGAAUCUGGGGCACGAUAAUGUCCUGUAACUACGGGGACUUCAGGGGCCCUGGUCACUAGCUGACUGACUUCGGAUAAUGUUUAGGGCUGUAAAAUAGGUACAGUUACUGCACAAAACUGUUCUCAAAUGAUAUGCAGAGAAGAGCAUUAUAAGUCACUGCUAAUCUUUGUCCAGCCUGUUUGUCCGUGCAUUUACUUUUGUCGGAGAUGUUGAAAAUAGAACUGGAACUACAAGAAAACCUGAAUACUUUCCUUGGAAAUUGGUUGUGCAAACAGGCAGGAAUGACGCGACACCCAGAAAGCUGGGUAGAAGAAGGCCAGAGGGGGCGGCGACGCUACCCUCCGAGCCGCAGCCCACAGGUCUCCCUUCUCUGAGCGUCGCGGUUCCGCCGGACGCGCGGCCACAGAGGGAAGGGGGCGGGGGGGGGUAGGAAGGAUAGAACUCAAGCGCUGAUUGGCUACCUAAGAGCAAGGGGCGGGCAGACACAGGCUCCAGAGGGCACGAGAGCGGAAGACCGUGUGACUUCCGGUCUUUGUGGCUCGCCGCUCGGGGUCAGCUGCUUGUUCGCUGGCGACUUCUGGGCUUCGCGCGGUAGGAAUUCUACAUAAUGGGAGACACCGAAUGAGGAAAGAAGAGAUUGCUCACGCUUCUGAAGCACAGAACCCAGAUGUACUAAGCUUUUGGCUAAGCUGCUUUAGCCCAGAAUGGCUAUGGAAUCCAGAACAGUUUCAACCCAGGAUCUUCAGGAACAUGACCUAAUUCUAGUGAAAAUAGAAGAGGGUGUUUCCUGGGAUCCAAAAUUUAAACAGAAUGGGAGUACCCAAUCCUGCCAAGAAUUAUUUCGCCAGCAAUUCAGAAAGUUUUGCUACCAGGAGACACCUGGGCCCCGGGAAGCUCUGGGCCGACUCCAGGAGCUUUGCUAUCAAUGGCUAAUGCCAGAGUUGCACACAAAGGAGCAGAUUCUAGAACUACUGAUCUUGGAGCAGUUCCUGAGCAUCCUGCCUGAGGAACUGCAGAUCUGGGUGCAGCAGCAUAAUCCACAAAGUGGCGAGGAAGCUGUGACCCUUUUGGAGGAUUUGGAGAGGGAGUUUGAUGAUCCAGGGCCGCAGGUCCCAGCUGGUCUACAUGGAACAGCAAUGCCAUGGAAGGAUUUAACAUAUCAUGGCGCAUCCCAAGAGUUGGCAAACAUCCAACUCCAGCCUUUAAGGACACAGCUGAAAUCCUGGAAACCUUGCCUUUCCCCUAAAAGUGGUUGUGAGAACAAUGAAACAGCACCAAAGGAGGACAUUUCAGGAGAAAAAUCACAGGGACUCCCUGGGGAAACUUCAUUUGGAAGAGUUAGUGGACAUGAAAGCAGUUUAGAAUGGAAGCAAGGAAGUGCUACAGGGGAGAAAUUAAGAACAUCCCCUUCCCAAGUGGGCAGUUGUAGUCAGGUGAUCUUCACACACAAAUCUCUAGGACAGAGAGCCCAAGAUGCCGAUCCUACAAGAUGCCUGAUUCUAACUACUACAAAGUCUGUGAGAUGUCAGAAGGUUCCUCCAGAAGAGAGACCUUACAGAUGUGAUGUAUGUGAGCACAGCUUUAAGCAGUAUUCCUCUCUAACACAACAUCAGAGAAUCCAUACUGGAGAAAAACCAUAUAAGUGUAACCAGUGUGGGAAGGCCUUUAGUUUGAGGUCAUAUCUUAUUAUUCAUCAGAGAAUUCAUAGUGGUGAAAAAGCAUAUGAAUGUAGUGAAUGUGGGAAAGCUUUCAAUCAGAGUUCAGCCCUCAUUAGACAUCGGAAAAUCCAUACUGGUGAGAAAGCUUGUAAAUGUAACGAGUGUGGCAAAGCAUUCAGCCAAAGUUCCUAUCUAAUUAUACAUCAAAGAAUUCACACUGGUGAGAAACCUUAUGAAUGUAAUGAGUGUGGGAAAACCUUUAGCCAGAGCUCAAAACUUAUUAGACAUCAGCGAAUUCAUACAGGGGAGAGACCCUAUGAAUGUAACGAAUGUGGAAAAGCUUUCAGGCAAAGCUCAGAGCUGAUUACCCAUCAGAGAAUACAUAGCGGAGAGAAGCCCUAUGAAUGUAGUGAAUGUGGAAAAGCCUUCAGUUUGAGUUCAAACCUUAUCAGACACCAGAGAAUUCAUAGUGGAGAGGAACCUUAUCAGUGUAAUGAAUGUGGCAAAACCUUCAAAAGGAGCUCGGCUCUUAUUCAGCAUCAGAGAAUUCAUUCUGGGGAUGAAACUUACAUAUGUAAUGAAUGUGGGAAGGCAUUCAGGCACAGAUCAGUUCUCCUGCGCCAUCAAAGAGUUCACACUGUAAAGUAGCUUGUGAAUAUUGUAAAUACUUCACAUUUUUAUCUUUGUUAAGUCAAAAGAGUUUAUUUUGGAGCAAGACUUCAUUAAGGUUGUAAACUACUAGGACUUGAGAGUCAGUCUGAUUUGGUUGGUGGAGCAUUUCCCCAGUGCUAAUGUAAAAAUUGCCCUUUAAAAAUCUGAUGAAUGAUCAGGAGAAUCAUUACUUCAGCUUUUCUCUUGCCAUCAGGAAUACUCAGGAAAUAUGAACAGUGGGAUUGUUACAUUGAAACCUCGUUUUGUUUUGUUUUUUUUUUUAAUGGGAAUAUCAUGAAAAGCGACACAGACUCUUGUCACUGCAUUUGAUGGUCAGUGUGUCAGAUUGUGGGGAUGGUGUGGACAGCAUGAGGAACUUUUGUCUCGGGAAUGUAAAAAAUUUUACUAAGCCAAUAAAGAACAGUGACAGGGCAGCAAGAAUGGUGGGGAAAUGUUUUCAUCAAUGAUUUGUUACGCCCAGGGCAGGCCAGAAAUUAGAUGGCUUAAGACAAAGUAUCAGUUAAUUUAUCUAACAGUUAAAUUUUGAAUAUCUACUGUGCCCGCCAGGGAGUAGGGAUAUGAUCGAAACAAGUCUCUACAGUCUAAUGGACAAGGCAGCCAAACAGGCAGGGACACUGUUGUGGUCAGUGCCAUGUAACCUUAAGAAGCACCCAGCUCAACUGUGGUUGAAGACAUGGGGAGGUAACCUGAAGGAGUAGGACUAAGUGCAGUGGGUAGAUUAGGGAAGAAUGUUCCCAGUAGAAGGAGCAACAGACAAAGGCCAGGAAGAAAGUGUACAUUCUUGUUGAUUUUCCUUUGAAGUAGGGUUCUGUCUGUAAGAGAAACAUGGGUGUGGCCAGACUCAGUGCUGAAAGGCAUAUAUGCCAGCGGAGAAAUUUCUGUUAAUAAAACUGGAACCCUUUGACCACAAAGUGGUUAGGAGCUUUAUCUUGGUCAGGGUGACACCAAGGAAAGGACUAAUAAUUUCCUUGCCUAAUCUGUACAAUAGCCUAGAACGUCCAUGGGGAUAGUGAUGGGAUUGGAGUGAGAAAGAGCCGGCUUAGAUGUUAAGAGAUUGUUAAAGUUCUAAGUCUUGUUCCAGAUACAAAGACUCUCCUAAUGACAGAGUUAAAGCUGCUGUCAGAUUCUUUCUAAUCCCCAAGGCUCUGGGUCAGAAGUUACAUCCUUGGUUUCAGGAGCUGUAUCCCCACAGGUCCUAGCACAUUCCCUUGGGUUCAGGUGCUCAAAAGUUUAUUGUUUGCCCUGUCUGUAACAUUAUCCAGGCACUUUGCAUAUGUUCAGUUUUGUGUUAAUGUUACAAAUAUUUCACUGUUAAUCUUUUGCAAAUUUUGUUAAGAUGAUAAAAAGAAAUGACAGAAACUGAUGGUCAUGGUCAGUUAAGAUUUCUCCUUUUCUGUGGGCUCCCCAGGCAGAGCAUCCUUAGGAGGGUGCUAAACACAAAAUGGAAAGUUGUCAUUUAAAAGACUGUAUUAGGUUAGAAGAAAAACACAAAACUGUAUGGACAUGUAGUAUCCUGUGCAUAGGAAAACAAUUUUCAUGAAAAUCAAAAGAAGCAAAGAGAAUAAUUCUCCUGUUGAGAUACAUCAGGUGGGCAUGUGCUAACAAGUAAGAAUGUCAAGAGGGCUAAAAUACCCCUCAAAAGAAAGGAAUGGAAUCAUUUGGAAUUAAUGGUAAAAUUUAACAAAAUAAUUUGGUAAGAGCUACUCAACUUUUGUUUUCUUCCUUUUCCACAGAGAAAGACCCAAACAAACUGAAAGUAGGUCAUUAAGGAGGAAUUGAUACAAUAUUGAGAAAAACUAAGAGCAUUUUUGCAUAUCUCUGUAAGAAAUGUAAUGUGUACCUGUUAAGGGCUUUGUCUAUAUGUAUCAGUUAUUUCUCACUAUAGAUAAGUAAAUAAGAGCUAGCGGACAUACAGGUAAGAAAUGGUAAUGUUAGACUUUGAACCCAGAAAGUAGAAGCCCAGAGCCCUAUUGUACUGGUUUCCCAAGGAAAAGUUACAGUAGAAAAGAAUGGUACUUAAAUAGGCAAAUCACAAAAGAAUAAAUGCCAACAAGUAACAAUUGUUCCUCUUCACUAGAGUAAAAAUGUAUAUUAAGGCAAGAGUUGAGAUGGUACUUCUUUUCCUCAUAAAACUGACAAAGAUUCAGGGAAAUUGGGACUUUAAUGCUGCUGGUGAGAUACAAAUACAUACUAUCUCUGGCAAUCAGUACCAGAAGCCUUAAGCUUUGCCUUUUGACUGAAAUUCUACCUGGAAAUGUAUACGUAUGAAGAAACCAUUGUGAAUAUACACAAAAUCUUUUCAAACUUAAUGAUUAAUAUUAAAUGAAGCAUUCAUGAUAAGUAAAAUUAUCAAAUAUGUACUUUUCUGUGGGCUCCUCAGGCAGCCCAUGUAAAAUAUAUAUUUAUGCACUAAAAAUAUUCAAAAUAGAUAAUUCAAGGUGUUAUGUGUAGUACUAGUUAUCUCUGGGUACUAAGGUUAAUUUUUUCUUGUGCUUUUCUGUGUUGUCCAAAUUUUUCUGUAGUAAAUAUCUAACAGUCUUAAAGUUAGGAAGAGUGAAUGGAAGCCCAGGACAGUUGAGAAAAUACUAAGAAAAGCACUUACUUUGCAAUAACAUCUCUGUCCCUUUGAAGUCUCAGGAUGGUGGCUAGCUUGUUAACUUUGAUCCCUGAUUUCAUCACCGGUGAAAUGAUAACAGUAGACUUAUCCAUCUCAUACAUGGUGUACAAAAAUGUCUAAAAAUUAUACAUCCCAGUGCAAAAAGAAGUUAUACACCUUAAAGAGGUUUACAGUUGAGAAAAGCAGUAGUUUUGAAAUGGAGACCUUCAGUAGAGCUUUCCUUGAAUUCUGCAUAUGUAAGUAGCCUCUAACCUUAGAGGAUCCUCACUUUAAAGGAUCUCAAGUAGAUGAUCUCUUAUGGUCAAAGUGUCAACAUUUUGUUUUUAUGAAAUGGACAGGGCACCAAUAUAAGGUCAUGUCAAAGGCAAUUUGUCUUCAUCAGCCUUGCCUGAAAGAAAAGCAAUUCCUAAUUUUGCAUUCUGCUCAGGGCUGGGGUAACAAUGUCUGCUGUAAACGCUUCUUACAUGGAUUAAAAAGGCGAUGUGCAAUUUAGACAUAGUGCUCAAUAGCAGCUUCCUACCUCUCUCUUCCUCCCUAAUGGUUUCUCCAAGCUCGUGUUUAUAUUGAGGAACUGAUGGAUGAGA